CUCCACGCCUACGCCCUUCACCUUCCUAUUCUUCUUCUGAAAGCUUCUUCUUCUUCUUCUUCUUCUUCUUCUUCUUCUUCAAUUGCAUGGCCGCCGCUUCUAACCUUAUCAUCGCUGCUCGACCACGACUCGCCCAUUUGCGGAACCCACUCCGCCGCCUCUCGCCCUCUCUCUUCACCCUCCGGGCAGGUCAUUGGUCAGCGUAUGAGAAGAACCCAGAGGAGGAAGUCUGCCCGACAGUGGUGCCAGAUCAUAUGAUCCACUCCAUAUCCGAAGACUACUGGGCGCCACAUCCCCAAACCGGAGUUUUCGGCCCACCAAUAACUCAACACAAUCCUGUUCCUAGCGACACGUCGGCUGGCGGCGCCAAAGAGGGCUCCGUUCUGGAGCUGAAGGUUUGGUUCCGACACGUGGAGCUGGAGGACCCUGAGAAGCCACACGCCCUGUAAUCUCCACGGCUAUGAUAAGAUAUAAUAUUAUUAUAAUAAUAAUAAUAAUAAGCUUACGUGCAUGCAGGGGUGUAAGAAGAAGUUUAUGUGUAUUAUUUGGAUUGAGUGGUGUGUUUGUAUUUCCAAGCUGUAUUAUGAACGUGUGUGCUACACCAACUUUGCAGCUCGUUUCAUUAUUAUAAUCUCUUCUCGUAAA